AAGUAAUGCUUCCGUGAUCACAUUUCAUAAUGACUGAGUUACCUAUGAAUCAUCUAUGACAUCAGUCAAACUCAGUGGGUGGAAACCUUCAGCCUUUUCCUCGUACUCCUCAAAAGCACUUCACAGAGCUAUCAUUUACUGUACAUGCUAUUUUCCACGUCUCAGCGAGUGAAUCACAAAUUUGAUCAUAUUCUAUAUAUAGUGCAAUAAUAUUUUACUUUUGCCCUAUGGACACUGGUCUAACGUAGUGGACUGUGUGGGGUGUGGACUAUGUAGGGAGGGAGUAGCCAGUCAGUGAGGGGGGCUGUCCAGGGGCAUUCCCUGCAUAGUUUUCUUGAACGCCUUUCUACCACAGGGACUUCCUUGUAGAGCAGGAUUGACCAAUUUUCUGCUGUCUCAUAUAAGCAGCUUUGACUUUAAGGUGCACUGGUUGAAUAUACAAGAAACCACAGACUGAACUCAGGAUCAAAACAAAGCUCAUUCCAACCCAGAACAGACACACAACCUCUAUUCCUUUGUUUUAGAGAAAAUACCAGAGCAUGUUGUAUACAGAACUUCUGCGAUUGUGGGAUGAGGCGGUGAAGGCGGUGGAUGCCCGGGACUGGCAGGGUGCUCUGUCUAAGCUCGACCAGAUCUCUGAGCCCACAUCCCGAACUCUGUUUGUGGCUGCCUCUGCCCACCUCGCCUUGGGCCAGCUGGAGCCUGCCAUCAAAGCUCUAGACCAAACCAUAGCAAAAGAUGAAAGACUUGCUGUUGGUUUUUUCCAAAGAGCUGGAGUACACAUGAUGGCAGACCGGCAGGAGGAAGCUCUGAAUGACUGCAUUUUGGCUCAGAAAAACAUGAGAGGGAACAUGGUCAUUGACUACAAACAGCUGGGACUCCACUACAAGCUCUACAGCUGGCAGGUCUUGAAUAACACAGCGGCUGCCCAUUCCAGACUUGGCCAGUUCGACAAGGCCCAGGAGUUCCUGCUCUCUGCCCUCCAGGAGAAAAGAGGAGGAAAUAUGGAAGUGGCUUUUGAAAAAAUAUCUAGGAAAGAGGUGCUGCCUAUUCUAUUGGUACCGGAGGGAGAGGUGUUCCGCCCCAGGAAAGUGGACAUAGAACAACUAGUCCAGAGAGACUUCCUGGGCAAACCAAAGGUCAUUUCUUCAAUGAUUCCCAACGAUGACUUUGGUGGAUUCGAACCUCUCAGGACACAGAAACCUGGAUACUACGAGCCCAAGGUGGAUGCAGUCGAGGAUUCCCGGUACAUGCGCCUGCAUUCCCCUCACGUGGCCCGGGGCCCCGGUCAGCUGACGGUGCCCGAGGGGGCCAUGGUGUUUGUCUUCAGUGAUGUGGACAAGGAAGGAAUGGCCACGGUGAUACAUGAUGGACAGAAAGGACUGGUUCCCAUGACUCUGCUAGAACUGGUGGAUGCUAAGAAGUUUAAAGGCAGAAAAAAGGAUAAAAGUAUUCCCAGUGGGAUUCCUCUCCCCCCAGGCCUCAAGCCCCCCUCUCGCCCGGACAGACAGCCCAGCCCCAUGGAGCCUUCCCAGGGUGGGCUCACCCUGUUGAACCCCUCCAGAGACGAAACAGGUGGAGAGAGCCCAGACAGCGGGACGCAGGCACGGAUCUACAGCCCUGCCAGCCGUUCACCAACCUCCUACAGCCCGCCACCACAGUACUCAGUCACAGUGGACAGUCCCACUGAACCUACUGAAGUCCCGGACGGCUCGGUGGUGGUGAAGGUGCAUUACAGAUACACCGUGGCUCUGAGUGUCCCUUUAGGCACUCCGUGCGACCAACUACAGCAGAGAAUUGCACAGAAAUUGGGGCAGCCCGCCUCACAUUUGCGCCUCAGACAUAAGCAGCAUGGCUCCCAGGUGCUGAAGCCUCUGGAUGGGGAGGAGGGGCUUAAGGCUCUGCUGGAGGUGUCGGAGGGAGGCAGGACAACACUGUGGUGUCAGACUGAGGACCUUCUGCUCAACCGUACCAUUCUCUACCAGAUGGUGGCGCUUUAUGACUAUGCGCCGCAGGGACCGGAGGACUUGGAGUUCAGUGAGGGAGACACUAUUGAUAUUCUAAGUAAUGUGAAUGAAGAGUGGCUGGAGGGACACUGCUCCGGUAACAUUGGUAUCUUCCCUAGCUGUUACGCCUACCGGGAAGAUGUGAACCCCGCAACAGCCGGUCAGGCGGCAGCGUCGUAAGAGACCGGCGUCGGCCGAGUCCACCGGGGAGGCCGCUUCAGGCCAAACCCCAUUCCUUCUAGAAUGACCUACUAUUGACCGAGAUGUAAUUGGCACAACUCUAGCUCCCGAUCAAGAGCGUAGUACCUUCCUGUUGUGGUUAGGACCCUAGCUGAGUUUGGGUAAUGUGCUUUUUCUGGGGCCGACUGAAGGACUACGUGUUGUGUUCACCUGUCCACCUGACUGUCAAAACCACAGACGUUUUCCAGCAGCUCAGAGAGAAUAGAAUCGGUGUGUCGCCCAGAGUUUGGUUCAAAACAGAUUCUUUAGGAAUGUUGUACAGGUGGUUAAAUGGGAAAUCUGCAAUUGGUACCACCUUUUAUGGUAGGCUUGUAAAUCUAUUAUAUAUACACCGGUCCACACUCGAAGAUAACUUGUAAAUACCCUUGUGAGCUUUUUAACCUUCCCCAUCAGAGUGAAUAGUAUAUACUGUUUUACAAGAUAAUUACAAAUAAACCCUCUGCAGCCUCUUCAUGAUUUCCAGUAUUAUUUGGAUAUCAUGAAUGGUCGGUCCAUGUGUAGUUCUGUGUAUGGAUUCGAGUGUGGUUAUAUUACUCACGCCCGAUCCCUCAGUGGCUGGUGACCACUUUGUAAUGGUCUGAACAUCAGAUUGCCCCUUUAAAUGCAUCACUUUUUCCCCACUUCCUGUCAGCUUGUGGGAUUGGCUCUAUUAAUGAGAUAGGACAAUGCAACAAUACCAUUCCCUUAUUCUAUAAGGACUACUUUACUUAAGAGCCCUCAUUGAACAGAAAGUAAUAACAUUUAGGGACUUCCAGUCUCCGAUAAUGGGGACUGCUGUGAAAAAAAGGCGCCUUUGUAAAUUAAAUGCGGAGGGCCAGAGGAUAAUGUCCGCAUCCCAAACAACCCCGUAUUCCCUGUUUAGUGCACAACUUCGGGACUACAGCACCAGUUAGGACCCUCCCUUUAGCACAGCAGUGCGGUUGAAGUGGAGUGGUCUAGGCUGUAGUUAGUCACCGCAGAGUGACAUGUCAGACACUUUUAGCUGUCGUCACAAAUGGAGGUUUGCAGAGCUCCGCUCUGAUGACUUAUGAAACAGAGUCCUUUAAUGAUCGGGCUUCAGUUCAUUCCCACGUGUAGCGUUUAUGCCCACCCACCCUCUGGUAGAACCGAGGGACUUGUGUUCUUGCACGAGGGGACAAGGAAUGCAUUUCAAGGCGCUACAAUAUCUAACAGAGAAUGUGGCGAUAACGUGGCGAACGACAAUAACAUUAACGGUAGAGCUAUUUGGGCAUCCUCAGUUACCAAUGGUGCCAUGAUUCAUUGAGAAGGUUGUUUCAGAACUGCCCUAACUCUACAGCAAGCUGAAAACACCUAAUCUGAUUCUACUGUAUGUCUCUGACUUAUCUCACGCCUUGAACAUAUCCGACUACUCUGGGAAUCUCAAAGAAUCAAAGUAAAUGUUAGACAUCUUAAUGAGUAUUCACAUAUGUAAAAAGGUUUACAUUUUUAGAUUCUGUCAUUGGUCAUUUCUAGAUAGCAUGGAAUGUUUCUGGAAUACCCCAAAAACACAAUAUAUUAAACAAAUAUUAAACUACUUGUGA